GAAACUCACAGAUUAUUAUUCAGAAAAUUAUUCCAGAAUCUCACUAAGAGAACAGGAAAAACAAAGUUCCCCAAGGGUUCUUGGGAUGAUUCAACCCUUUCUCAGGAUCCUCUGUUGUAAGGUUCUACAUAGAGCCUUGAAAGGUUCCCGGAAAAAGACCAACCAACCAACCUCUUAGCUUGCUAGACCUUUGAUGAAUGCUUUAGAGUGCCCUUUUUUCUAAAAGCGUAGUUAGAAGAACUAACUACACUUUGGGGGGGGGGAUUGGAGUUCUUCAAAGGUUCCCUAGGGGUUCUUUGUAUAAUUAAAGUAUUUGUAACGUUCUGAAGUGUUCUACUUGGAAUUCUUCAAAGGUUCUCAUCAGAUUUUUUUUAUUUUUUAUUUCUGUCACAUUUACAAUUUAUUUUAAUCAGUUUCACUAUAAUACUGAGAUCUAGCCUACAAGUUGUUUACUUUACAUGGCUUAAGGGUUCUUCAGUUGUCCCUGUAGAGAAACUGCAAUAUUUUUUUCUUUAUGAACAAUGGUUCUAAGCAGAACCCUUUUAUAAAGCUAAGAACGUUUAACUUUCUAAAGAAACACUGCUCUUUUUUUUUCUAAAUGUGUAAUAAACUUCUGAGAGAUGUGCUGAGGUGCAGAAUCUGAUGAAGAAGACGGCGGGUUUUUAAUUCCACACAGAAGCAGAGACCGUGGUGCAGUUGUGAUCUACUGAUCUGCAGGUUACUGGUUCUAAUCCCAGGACUUCCAGAGAGCCACUGAUGUGGCUGUGAUGAGACUCUGAGCUGCUCAGGAAUGGCACGAAGCUGCAGAAACGCAGUGGUUAUGGAGAGAAAUGUGUCUGCGUCGCUGGGGUUUCUGUAACGUGGCCCAGCUGUUAUCAGACACGAAGUCGUACACCUGGAAGCGUUAUUAUCUCCAUCGCUCUUCACUGGAGCUGAACAUGAAGUUGGGGAGAUCAGGAGGAGAUUACAGCUGUAAGAGCCUGAGAGGACAUACAGGUCGGAUUGUCGGCUUCUCCUACCUGAUGGGAAACAGUGCUUUACACGACAUGUGGAACUUCACGCCGAUCGUCUGCAGCGCCUCGACUGAUGGAACGCUCAAAGCCUGGGACAUUUACAAGGGUGUUAAUCUGUGGUCCAGCUCCGCUCAGAACCCGCUGACCCGUAUCGUCACGGACCCGGAGCAGGAGGUCGUGGUCACAUCGGACAGCGCCGGGACGAUUAACACGUGGCAGGGACGAACGGGAGAGCUGCUGAGCUCCUUCUCCUCCGGCUCGUCUCAGUGCACGUUAAUGACGUUCAGCACGGAAGGAAACUCUUUCGUCAUGGUGGGAACGGUUCUGGGAUCGUUCCUCGCCCUGACGUCACCACAGCUGUCGGAAAUAUCACGCCACGUCGUGUGCGACUCGUUCAGUCUGAACAUUCUCCUCUCGUCACCUGAUAAGAAGUGGAUUCUCACCGCAUCCAAGGACAACUCGGAUUUAAGCCCAAAGGUUUUCAGCAGUCCGAGUGUGUGUAGUCCGGUGGAAGACGCUGAAGCUGUGUGUGUGAAUUUACCCAUCAGUGGCUGCGCAGCGGCGGUGUUUUUUCCCUCUCAGCCGGCGCGACUCGCCAUCGUUCACAAGAACACGCCGUUCAACCAGAAAUCCCUCUCCGUGUUCGAGUUCAGCCUGAAGAAGUCCAGAUACAAGCAGGAGGCUCAGGCUCGGGAGGUUGAAUCUUUCCAGCUGAAUUUAAACACUUGGCACUCGGACAUGGUUCUCCAGGCGAAAGGGAGCAACAUGGUUCUGCUUACAGACGGUAACGACCUGAAUAUCUACACUGUUAAAGGAGAACUCAUCUCCAGCUUUAAGGAGCAUCUGCAGCCCAUCACAUCUGUGUGUGUGGAUGAUUUCCGGGUGGUCACUGCGUCGCGGGAUUUAUCUUUGAGAGUUCUGACGUGGAAGAAGGAUGGAGAUAAAGGAUUGACUCUGGAGAGUCAGUAUAACCUGCUAGGAGGCUCUCACUCCAUGUCCAGAGGAUUCACUGCAGUGGCGUGUGAUUACGCGAGUAUCGUCGCCUCGGUGGAAGCCGUUAAUGGGAAGGACGCCCUGAAGGCCUACAUCUUUAAUUCUUGAACAUUUUUGCGGGGGGAAUUUUAAUAAACAAAAUGUACACCCACUGUAUUAAAAUAACUGUCCUAACCCUAACCCUAACCCUAGCGCUGCUUGUGCUUGUGCAUGUAGUGUUAGCGAUGUGUUGUAGUGCAAUUAUCACUGUGCACUCUGAAUGUUUUAACAUUACAGUAUAGAACAAUGUCUUUUUUGAACUGUUCAGGGCAGAUUUUGUUUUGUACAAAAUCAGUAUAUUGUGUUUAAGGUUCAUUAAAGGCGCACUGGAUGAUAAUAACAAUAAACACUCCCGUAAAGCAGCUUUACAGAAAUCCAGAUGCAGAUUUAGAUCCCUAACGAACAAGCCAGACGUUAUAGUGGUGAGGAAAUACUCCUUGAGACGACAUGAAGAAGGAACUUAAGAGGAACCAGGCUCAAAAUGGAACCAGUCCUCUUCUGGAUGAGACUUGAUAGUGUGAUUAGAAAUCAUUGCAAUAUGGGGUCGUGUAGUCUCAUGGAAAAGUCUUUUCGGGAGGUACGAAACUACCGCAUCCAGCUGAGAUUAUUCACGGCUUCACGAGAGUUCCAAGCGCAGAAAGCUCUGGAAACAUCAGGAGUAGGUGAAUGUAGGAUGAAUCUAACAGGGUACGAUAGCCAAAAGCCAAGCAUGUGCUACACUAAACACUGGGGCAAUUACACUCGCUGUUGUACCGGUGCCGAAAAAAGAAAUAAAAGUCCGAUGCAAAAGUUUGCAGUUCUUUAACAACAGAACGUACCUCGGAGACUUCAAGUCAUAGUUAAAGUGAAAUAUCCACUAGAGGUGUUCAAGUGAUUAGAAAACCUGCAUGUUAGAGAGACACUUCAAGAAUGGAUGUAAAGAUCACACACUACCAGCAGAAGAGUUUUUAUUUAUUUAUUUAUUUAAGUGAACUAGCUUCACUAAUUAUGGACUCCGCCUUCUUGUUCCUCAGUGAGUGGUACUGUGUGUGUGAUAAUGAUUGACGGUUAUGGAUGAUGUUGAUUUUGUCUCAACAACAUAGUCAGUGUGUGAUUGCUGUGUUCAUGAUGUGAUUUGGAUCAAUGCCUUUAUUUUCUGAGGUUUACUCUCCAUCAGCCAUCUUAAUUACUCUUAACGUUUUGCUUCCUGGAUGCUCUACAAAUGCCCUACAAAAUCAUAAUUACGCAGGUGAGUUUACUGCACUAAAACUCUCAAACACUCUUUAUUAAAAUAAGUGUAAAAAUAAACGGCGUAAAUCACACCCAAGCUGAUCACUG